AUGUAUCGCAUUUCAAAUAUCUACGUGCUCGCCGCAUUCGGCACCAUCGGUGGAGCGCUCUUCGGCUUCGAUGUGAGCUCGAUGAGUGCAUGGAUUGGCGUCGACACCUAUACCGAUUACUUCGGGAACCCGAAUUCCAAUCUCCAAGGAGGAAUCACAGCCUCCAUGUCCGCCGGCUCCUUCGCUGGCUCCAUAGCAGCAGGCUGGCUAUCAGACUAUCUCGGCCGCCGAGGCUCACUGAUGAUUGCCUCCUUGGUAUGGAUCGUCGGAGCAAUGGUGCAAUGCAGCGCCCAAAACGUCACACAUCUAGUCGCUGGCCGUGUGGUCAGCGGUCUCGCCGUCGGAGUAACGUCAUCACAAACUUGCGUCUACCUAUCCGAGCUUGCACCCGCACGGAUUCGAGGCCGUGUCGUCGGAAUCCAACAAUGGGCUAUUGAAUGGGGUAUCCUGAUCAUGUAUCUGAUUGCGUAUGGCUGCGUGGUCGGUGUCUCAGGAGCAGCUGCGUUCCGUAUCUGCUGGGGUAUCCAAGCUGUCCCUGGAUUGAUCUUGUUCAUUGCGCUGUUUUUCUUCCCAGAGUCCCCGCGUUGGCUAGCGAGUAAGGAACGUUGGGAAGAAGCUUUGGAUGUGUUGGCUUUGAUACAUGGCAAGGGGAACCGCAAUGACCCCGUUGUUCAAGUGGAAUUCGAAGAAGUUCAGGAGGCUGCGCGAGUUGCGCACCAGGCGAAGGACGUUUCCUUCUUUUCGCUGUUUGGACCUCGGAUCUGGAAGCGAACUGCUUGUGGUAUGAGUGUUCAGAUGUGGCAGCAGUUGCUAGGUGGUAAUGUGGCUAUGUACUACGUUGUUUACAUCUUCGAGAUGGCUGGAAUGACUGGAAACACUACUCUCUGGUCCUCUGCUAUCCAAUAUGUCAUUUUCUUGGUCACGACCGGUGUCAUGCUGCCCUUCAUCGAUCGGAUUGGUCGACGAACCCUGCUUUUGUCUGGCUCGGUUCUCUGCAUGAUCGUGCACUUUAUCAUUGCAGGUGUCAUGGCUAGCCACGGUCACGCCGUCUCAAGCGUUAAUGGCAACGCCAAUCUCACCUGGGAAAUUAAAGGUAGCGCGGGCAUGACAGUCAUCGCCUUCUCUUAUAUUUUCACCGGUAUCUAUGGGUUCACCUGGGCCCCAACGGGAUGGAUCUACGCCUCAGAAGUAUUCCCUCUUCAGUACCGCGCCAAGGGCGUCGGCCUCUCAGCCUCCGCAAACUGGAUCUUCAAUUUUGCCCUGGCGUACUUCGUAGCCCCGGCAUUCCACAACAUCCAGUGGAAAACAUACAUCAUUUUUGGUGUAUUCUGCUGCGUGAUGACCUUCCACGUUUUCUUCACAUACCCCGAGACUGUGGGUCGAUCUCUGGAGGAGAUUGAUAUGGUGUUUGACACGGACGUUAAGCCGUGGAAGACCAACCAGAUUGAGAAUACGUUUGGGGCGGAGAUUGAGAGAAAGGAGGGGAAGAUUAAUGAGGUGGACGCUAGUCAUGAAGAGGUUGUUUGA